AGUGAUAAUAGUAAUGUUGAAUAUAUUUGCUUAAAAACUAAGUUACAUUUUUUGUUAAUAGAAUUUUAUGAUUUAAAAAAUUAUUAUAUGUGUAUAUUGUUACUUUCACUUAAAACUAAAUUUUUUUCUUUAUGAUAAAAACUAAUUGAAGUUGCUAGACCAAAAUAAUAUUUGUUAUCGACUAUAGUCGAUUGUGUAUAUCUUUUAGAUGAAGACAGACGGUACAAAUUUAUUUAUUUUAGGCCACAUAAUUAAAGAAUUUAACGGAAAGAUUCAUAACGCUUCAAUACCUAUGAAGAUAGAAUAAGAAUGGUUGGCAAGUCCUCUGUUUCAGUGCUUCAGGAAUACUGUGCUAAAAACAAAGUACCACCACCUACUUAUGAAUAUCUAGACGAAGACGACGGUAGUUUUUGUUGCAAGAUUGACUUCAUGGAAACUGACGCUGUGGGUAUAGGACGUUCCAAGCGUGAUGCAAAACAUAACGCGGCCGCUGUUAUUAUAAAAAAAUUGCGGCUUGCUGACGCAUCACAAUUAGCGGAUGAUGGCGCUGCAAGCAUACCACCCAUUGAUAUGGUUGUGCAAUUGCGGGAUUAUUGUGUGCAACAGAAUAUGCCUUUGCCAACGUUCGAAAUAGUACAACAGGCUGGCACACCGGACGCACCAGAAUUCACAGCUCUAUGUACAAUUGCUUCUGUUCGUCGUUAUGGUGUAUCGGAGAAGAAAAAGGAUGCACGCCAAAAAGCAGCUUAUGAAAUGCUACUUGCCGUUGUUGAUGAUGUAAAUAAGCUUGAGCAAAGUAUGCAAAUAGCUUCACUUCAAAGCGCCCAAGAAGACAUUGAAUCGGAACGUUAUAAAAAAUUUAAAACUUAUCGUGAGCUCACUGAAUCCGGUACUGGUGAAAUACGUGGUGUGCUAAUUUGUGAUCGACAUAACUAUUUCAAAAAAUUCUAUCCUGAAUUGAGAGAAGCGGCGAAUAACAUACUGAGAACUAGUUACGACUCGGUGCAGGAUCAAGCAAUGGAUGUACUGGAAUCAUUAAAAAUUACACCAAAAAUUUCUCAAAUGCCAUCAAUCAAAGCAGAACCCAUGUUGUUUAUCGAAUUGAAUUGCGAAUAUGAUGUGGUAUUUGCUGGAUCGACGGAAAAAGUAUACCACGAUAUAGUUGCAUAUUUCAAAGUGAUGCUUGUGUAAUUUUAAGCUUAUUAAUUUCUGUUUAUGUAUAUACUAUGUAUGUAUUUUAUUAUAUAUACUAAACAGUACAUAAUUUAUUUUAUUGAAGUAAUUCUUAAAAUUCAAAAUAAAAUCUCUUAUUGUCAAAUAGA